AUGGCGCGAGCUUCACUAAACAGGACCAGCAGUGGCUUCAAGGCCCUCGGACAGGCUUCGGAAAGGGGCAAAACCGUGAAUGACACUAUUCCUGUAAUGACUCCUUCGACAAGAACAACCCCUUUCCUCAUCUAUCUCGUCUACAUCGUCACACUCGGUCCUUUGCAGUUCGGUUUCCACUUGGGAGAACUCAAUGCACCCGAGACGGUCAUCACUUGCAAGGUGGACAGACUACCCACCUACAGUAUCCUUGGACUUCCUCCGAUGUAUACCGAUGAGUCAGGUGGCCCUAUUGCGACAAAGUCCGGCCGGUUGUUCGCCCUGAAAUGGCUCGUCGUCUUCUUGGCCAUGGGACCAAUAACAGAAGCACUCGCUCACAGAAUUUGGAUUCUUGCCCUCGGUCGUGCCAUUUCUGGUCUGGGAGCCGGUGCUGCCGCCGUUGUCUGUCCAAUCUAUGUCUCAGAAAUUGCACCCCCUGACAAACGAGGACUUUUCGGAGCCUUCACCCAGGUUCAGAUCAACUCUGGAAUCUUGUUUGCUCAAGUCCUUGGGUACUUCUUGUCAAAGAACACCAAAUGGCGCUGGAUCCUCGCAACUGCCGGAUUCAUUGCCGCAGUCACAUUCAUCGGGUUGAUGUUUGCACCCGAAACUCCAAAGUGGCUUGCAGCGAACAAUCGACCUCGUAUGGCACGCACGACCUUGCAACGUAUCAGAGGGAAGAAUGUCGAGAUUCGAGAGGAGAUGGAGCAAUGGGAGAUCACGGAGGGGGAAGGAGAGGAGCAGAGUCUUCUGAGCGCACUUCAAGAUCCUCCGUCCCGAAAGAAGACAAGCAAAUCAAUCUUUGAAGUCGUCCGACUUGCAGAGUAUCGUCGCGCUGUGCUCGCUGUUGUUGGGAACAUGAUGGCUCAGCAGCUCUGUGGUAUCAAUGCUGUCGUCAUGUACAGCGUGGAAAUCCUGGGGCAGGUCAUGCCAACUCGAGCCGCAUUGAUCACGGUCAUUGUAUCUGCAAUCAAUGUCCUCGUCGGCUUACUGUCCUCACCAUUGCCGGACAAAAUCGGUCGCAAAGCCUGUCUCCUCUUAUCCAUCUCAGGCAUGGGAUCUGCCUCGGUCAUGCUCGCCAUCGGUCUCGAGAAAGAUUUGCGUUAUCUGACCAUUGCCGGAAUUGGGAUCUUUGUGUGCAGCUUUGGUGUUGGCCUGGGUCCUGUGCCAUUCCUCCUGCCUAGUGAGCUUGUUGGCCCUGAGGCUGUCGGAGCAGUCUCUAGCUGGGCACUUACUGGCAGCUGGCUGUCCACUUUCUUCGUUGCGCAAUUAUUUCCCAUGUUGAACGCAGCGCUCCCCCACGGUCACGUCUGGUGGGUGUUUGUGGCCACAGCAGGCGUCUUUGGCUUGUUCGUGGCGAUUUUCGUUCCGGGGAGCAAAGGAAAGGCCAACCCAGAUGAAGUCUGGGGCAGGUCAUCUUCGUGA